AAAGUUAGCAAUAUUGUUCCGCUUUCAUACGGGAAGAAAGCGUGAACGACGGUCGACCGCCUCCUAAGUGCAGGGGCGGAGCCUGGGGCUUCAGUAACUGUUUACGGCCAAAGCUAUUACCAGAGUGAAUUACAGGGCGAAGUUAGAAAAAGUUAGGGACGGAAAGUUUCGGUUGUUUGCAGUCAGAAGAAGAAUUUAUUACUAUGUCUGCUGAAGAAGCAUCUGCGCUGCAGCAUAAAGCGGAGGAGCAAAUGCAAGAAACUGAACUGAGCAAGGAGCCUAAUGAGAAAGAGUCGCAGCCAUCCUCCGACACAGCUGCUGCCAGCCCGGAGGCUGACGAAGACGCCUUCACCUAUCGCUCCUUAGUACUCUGCGGCUACGGUGGCUACGAUAAAGUAAAGCUACAGGUUAUGCAGGGGAUGCCCGUCCCGAAGAAGGGAGAGGUGAUGAUCCGCGUCAAAGCAUGCGGGCUGAACUUCGCGGACCUAGUGGCCAGGCAGGGUCUGUACGAGCGGCUGCCGCCCCCACCGAUCACUCUCGGAAUGGAGUGCGCCGGGGUGGUGGAGGCUGUGGGUGAAGGAGUGACGGGGAGGAAGGUGGGAGACAAGGUGUUUGCUGUGAACGCUUAUGGGCUGUGGCAGGAAGUGGUGCUAACGGGCGCUCAGUAUACUUUCACCAUGCCGGAGGGGAUAAGCUUCGAGGAGGCUGCUGCCUUUCCUGUCAACUACAUGACUGCCUACCUGCUGCUCUUCAAAUUUGCCAACCUGCAGCCCCAUCAGAGUGUGCUGGUGCACAUGGCGGCAGGUGGUGUUGGCACCGCGGUCACACAGCUCUGCAAGUUGGUAGAGGGUGUGACUCUCUUCGGAACGGCGUCAGCCAGUAAGCAUGAAGCCAUCAGGCAGGGCGGAGUCACUCACCCCAUCGAGUACCAGAGCUACGUGGACGACAUCCGCAAGAUCAGCCCCAAAGGUCUGGACAUUGUCCUGGACCCUCUGGGAGGCUCUGACGUCCAGCAAGGCUUCGACCUGCUGAAGCCCAUGGGCAGACUUGUUACUUAUGGCUUUGCCAAUGCACUGACGGGUCCAAAGAAGAACCGGAUGGCUUUGGCCAAAAUGUGGUACAACGAGUUCUCUAUCAAGGCCAUGGCUCUUAUGCAGUCCAACAAGGUGGUGUGUGGCUUCCACUUGGGGUACCUCUACAAGGAGCGUGAGGUCUUUGAGGAGGUGGUGGGCAAGCUGCUGGAGCUGUAUAAGCAAGGCAAGAUAAAGCCACGUGUGGACUCCGUCCACCACUUCGAGCAGGUGGGCGACGCUAUGAGACGUAUGCAGGAGCGACUCAACAUCGGCAAGGUGAUCCUUCUGCCAGAACCCAAUAAGGAGGAGGAGUCGAAGGAUGAGGCCAAGAAGGAGGCAGAACUCAAGGAAGACACAGCAAAGGACGAGGAACCCGAGAAGGAAGAUAAUUAAGAGGGGGAAAUGUGACUUUUUAGAUGACUGGUCUGCUUCUGCUGUGCGCUGCCCAUAAUUCUCAGUCAUGGAGUCCUGCAUGGGUUCAGGUGCUCACGGCUAGAACUUAUUGUAUUUUUUUGAUGAUGUAAAAACACUCUUUGCUCUAACUAGUUGCUUUGUAAAAUCACUGUGGAUCUGUGCUGGUGCAUCUCUGUGUCUCCUUCUCAAUGCUCUGGUCCACAUUGUCGCUUCAGCCAUGAAAUGAAAUGGGUAGAAAUCACAGGCUGUGAAACAGAGGAGAUUUUUUCUUUAGUAUUUGAGUAGGAUGGAUUGCUCUAGGCUUUAAAGAGGUGGUUGCUAGGAUUAACUUAAUUCCUCCUUACUAAACCAGCCUGCAUUCUGGCACCAGACUGUAGUACCUGUCUGAGACCUGGAUGUUCCAUAUUCAGGAACUGUAGUUUGCUAGCGUUGCCCACGUGGUGUAAACAGGUAGUGUGUGGCUCCGCAGGUUAGGCUGCCGUGGUUGGAUGCUAUUAGUGAUGGCCAAAACAACGUUUGCUGUAUUUUUUGACCCCACUAGAUGGUGCUAUCUGCUCAGUAAAGGGGUCAAAGCUUGCCCCAAAGCAAGCGUAGAGCACCAUCUAGUGGGGUUAAAAAUACAGCAAAUGGUUCAUGAGGCAUCGUUUUGGUCAUCUAGUUUCCAUAUUAAGUGAGAAAUUAACAUAUUAGUAACUCCAUCCAUUCAUUUUCUAUUUUACCAGUUUCAUUUUCUUUGACUUUACGACAGUGCCAUAUCAAUGCAAUUCAUGUAAUACAUGUUUGACAGUUUGACUUAGCGGAUAUUUUGCAUGCUAGUAUUUACACAAUCAGCAUGAUGAUAUAUACAUGAGAGUAAUGAAAUUCAAAAAAACAGUGUAAUCCAUUUUCAUGACUAAGACUGAAUGAGAGAGACAAUUGUACUUGCACAAUUGCAUAAAUUGAUCCUUCAUUUGAAUUUUGCGUCAAAGCAAUGAGAAAUGCUUAUAAUGUUGUGAAUAAAUGUGAUGUUGAUAUAGAGAAUUACAGUGAUCAAUGAACAGUAACUGUCAUUUGAGGAUUGUCCUUAACCAGACAGCCACAGUAACUGGGUGCUUUUCAUAUGAUGCUGUCCUACUUGAAUAUUGUUGCAAGCCCUAAGGUGAUGGGUAGUGUGUGUGAUCGGAGCCAACAAGAUCCACACCUUGACCUCAUUUUACAAAAUCCCUGAUAUAACUAAUAGCUGUGUUUAAUAUAUUCAAUUGCUUCAUAAAUUACCAUAGUGAGGGCUUUUCUAUUGACUGGUGAGUCAUACCCACAGUGAAAUAAAAUAAGAUCAAAAACAA